AUGGCUGAGAGGGCCACCCGCAGAGCACCCUCGAAUUCGCCCAAAAUGGCCGCAUUAACAGAACGGCUCCUGCGCGGGGAAAGCUCGCCUGUUCAAUGGAGUACUGGGAUGAAUAGCUUUGAGUUUAGCAAGUGUCUCAGGCGAGCUCUCCGCCUGGCCCACGGGCAAACAAGCAAGUCUGACGGCCGCCGAGAGACUGCCCUGUUCGAUCCGAGUAGUAACUGCACUAAUCCAACUGUUUGGAUUGUGCUUACGCGGUUUGGUGUUGUGGUCAGUGUUGAAGCUUGCCACAAUAAUCUCGACCUCGGUCGAACUGAAUUCGGCCAACUGUUUGAUAACGUAAUUGGCUUGAUUAAUCCUGCGACCGCCCCUGGUGGGCUUGAACAAUACUCACUAAAGUUAGAAAAAAUGGAAAAAUUUCCCUCGCGCGAGAAUUCAAAACGUGAGAAACUUCUGGAGUGCUUGACUUUAUUCAGGUAUAUAAAAAAUAACAAUUUGUUGGAUAAAAUAUCGUUAUUUUGCAGUUCUGAUAUAAAUAAAAUAUCAAACACGGAAAACUGGCUGAAAAUAAAUUUCGACUUUGUUAACAAACAAAUAAAAGAAAUGUUGUUCAGUCAACAAGCUGAAAUUAACAAAAUGUUUUUGUCUUAUACUACCGAGUUGGAUAAUGUGAAAAAUAAACUUAACUCUCUUGUUGCAAACAAUGUUAGUAAAAAAGUAAACAUUAAGUCAGUAAGCUCAAACAAUGUAAAUAACCCGUUGCCACCAAUUAAUCAAAAUGCGCCAAGAAUUUUGUGGGCGGACGUCGUAUCAUCACCCACUCUGGACGAAGCGUUCACGUUGGUGAAGCGGCACAACAAACGUCCACGUUUGAACGUCUCAUUGGAGGCCAACAACAACGGCGAAACCACUUCAAACAACAACAACGUGGGAACCACUUCAAACAACAACAACGAAAACACGGCAAACAUCAAGACAGCUAAAAAAACAACAAAAGUUAUUGGCAAAAAAGUUAUUGAAGAUUGUAAAUUGAGAGCAGACAAAAAUUUAAUUAAGAAAUCUGUGUUCUCAAUGAGCAACCUUAGUAAAUGCCAUCGGAGAGAUGUGGUUGAAUUCUUGACAUCUGUUGGAAUUAACGUCAUAACGUGUUAUCCAGUUAUAAAAAAAUCUGAAAUGUCUUUAGAAAAAAAUUUGGACAAAGAUGAGCAAGAUCAACGAUGUUUAGAGUCUGCAUCGACAGUUCAAAUUCAGCGGUGA